AACCCCCAAUUCAAUCAGGAGCCAAGGGUUUUUUGUUUCCACUGGGGACUGGGGAGACACCAUUGCUGCGGUCCGAAGGAUCCGAUCCUCUACCACCGCCAGAGGGUUUCAAAUUCUUUUCAUUUUCCUAUAUACUUUCUCUCGAUUUCGCAUCAACCAAACAGUGUUUAGUUCUCCAUUUUCCAGGUACAGAAAAGAAAUGCAGUCUUUCUGCGGGAGUUUAAUUCGGAGACAGAGUUCUUAUAUUGGUCAUUUCAAAUCCGCAAGACCUUGUUUAGCUAUUUCUAGCAGUUAUUUUCAUGGACUAAGCUCGUUGGGGUCCGAUUCUUUGGUUCUAGAUGAAAAUCCUGCUUCGAAGAAUCAAAUCUUCCGGUCAUUUCACCAUCUUGCUUCUCGCUCUUCUGUGACAUCAACAAAAAUUGAUUAUGGAACAGAUACAUUGAUUUUAUUCAAUGGUAACGGUGCAAGUUCUAGGCCCAAUUUGUCUUUGAGGGUGGCAGCCGGACCUCCAUUCCCCAGUAGGACUAUGACAACAGUAGGAAAGUCUGUUGAAUCAGCUUCCAAAGUCCCUUCAACACCUAUCACAGAUGACGUCCCCCAUAUCAAAUUCAAGAGACUUGAUAAAACUGCAAGGCAUAUAAUGCAGAUUCUGGACAAGGAAGCAGUGCAGGAGACAAGGGCACAGAGGGAGAUACCUGAUAUAAAGCCGGGUUAUAUUGUGCAACUCAAAGUGGAAGUACCUGAGAAUAAGAGACGUGUGUCAAUUGUGAAAGGCAUUGUUAUAGCAAGGCGUAAUGCUGGAUUAAAUACUACCUUUAGAUUAAGGAGGCUAGUGGCAGGUGUUGGAGUUGAAUCCCUCUUCCCACUGUACUCGCCGAACAUAAAGGAAAUAAAGGUGCUCGAGAAGAAGAAAGUGAGGAGGGCCAAGCUUUACUAUCUCAGAGACAAGAUGAAUGCACUUAAGAAAUAGUGUAAAGCUGUAUGGUUAAUGCAACUUUGCUUUAGAAAGUUGACAUGGUCAUGCUGAUGAUAGAAAUGCGAGCUUGCAUCCUUUUCCGGAAUUUGUUGUUAUUCAAGUUUAGUUCCUCUAGGAAAUUGUGAGAACUAGGAUGGUGAAAAUAUUUGAGGCUAUGCUUUUGGCAGGCGCCACAUGCUGUAAAAAGAUAGAAAUGUUUUUUACAGCUGUGUCAUCACAGAAAGAUUCGUACUUUCAUAUGCUUGGCUUUGGCUUUGGCUUUGGCUUUGGCUUUCUGCUGUUUUAUUAAUGCUAUCUAUUGAUUUUCUUUA